CACCGCCUUCCUCCCACCCUCACCCCCACACCUCACCCCUCGCUCUGCAACCAUGGCCAAGGUCUCGCAGCCCGAGCUGAAGAAGUUCCUCGACAAGCGCAUCAGCGUCAACAUCCAGGGCGGGCGCAAGCUCAACGGCACGCUGCGCGGCUUCGACAUCUUCCUCAACCUUGUUGUCGACGAGGCGACGGAGAUGGACCGCAACGACGCGGGCGCGUGGAAGGAGGGCGCAGGGUGCGGCACGGUGGUGAGUAGAUCGCAUCAUGAGGCGCGUGCGGCGGUGGUGAUGUCUGGUGUGCUGAGGCGGCGAGGGCGAGGUGCAGAGCGGGCGACUUGUGAUGUGGCGGCCCGUUAGUCAGAGAUCUCGAGCUGGCAGACUACGUGGGCGUUGCGAAAGCAGCGAGUGCUGCUGCGGCUCGUCGCUCUUCAACGAUGUGCGCACCAGCGCAAGUACGCAGGAUAGGAUGCGGCUGGGCUCAGUUUGGGCGUGGA